UGCACACAGCAGAGCAUUGGAACUGGAUGAUCAUUGUGGUCCUUUGCAACUCAGGCCAUUCUAUGACUCUAUGAUCUUGACCUGAAAGAAAGCAGUGCUCUGUCCUGGCACUGCUAAAUGCUGAGUGUGCCAGUCCGUGUAUACAGUUAUAGCUGCAAAGUACCUGCAGUAAAGCACAGAGCAGCACAUCACUAGCAUGAAGUUGUCACUGGAUACUUCCAACGCUUCCUCUAACACCUGAGAUUAUCAAACAGAGCUUCAGCAUCUUUACAAAGGUUGGGAUGCAUCUGUGGACCGUGUGGAUGGAUGAAGAUCCCUCUGUAGCAGCAGCAGGAUGAUGCCUCAGAGCUGCUGCAAGUGCUUAUCAGAGAGCACUGGUGGCACAGCCGGAGCAAUCGAGUGCUUCCCUCACUGCCACCGAGCUGUGAAAUCGGACGUGACCUAUUGACUGAUCCUCAGACCGAAAUUAAAAGGCAUCGAUGGGCUCUUCGGAGCUGUUGUAAAGGAAGUGCAUUCAUCCUAUGCAGGACACUUGUAUUGGCGAUGCACUUUAGCAGGGCACUGAUCAGAGAAACCUAAAGGAGUGCUUAGUGCCACGUCUCGGCCUCGUGUUGGGCUGCUAUGGACCCAGCCAUCCCUGCCUCAUCUCUGCCUAUGCUGGGAAGCUCCGACACAGCGAUGUACCUCUUUCCUUUGGAGGGUGAAAGGGAAUAUGGUUGGUAGGAAGCUCAAGCUGUGGAUUUUUCAUUUCUAGCUUUUCUUUAAAAGUGAUUCCCCCUCCCUUCCCAUAAAUAUUAUUUUGGUCACAGUUGAAUUGUGCUCGGAGCUGUAGCAGACAGACCAACAAAUUGAUUUUCUCCUCCCUCCAUCCCCAGCAAAUAUAAAUUCAAGUGUGCAGAGCCUGCAUUCCACCAAUUGCUGGGGUGCUGACACAAACUGUUCGUAAUGUGAAAUCCACGCACACGGAUGGAAGAUGUCAGGGGUUGUCACUGGAUACCACAGAGCUUGAUUUUACACAUUUUCUGUAAAGAAAGGUAUGUUUUAUUUCUAAUGUGCUGUUUAUUUUCACUUGUUUCUCUUUUAUGAUGUCUAACGACUAUUUGUCUGCCAGUUUGAAAGUGUACUUUUGUGUUUAAUAGCUGUCUCAAUGUAACAUUUCCUCUGUAGUCAGCAAUAUUGUAGCCACGAGAAUUUAACAUCCAUUUACUUCCUUAAUAUUCUUGUUUUACAGUGCCAAAAUUAAUUACAUCUGAACCGAAAGCUCUGUGUUAAAUGACCUAUGUACUAAAAAAUCAGAUUAUGCUGAUUUUAAUGUGACUGAAUUCCAAACAAAGUAAUGUUAUAUCUACAAACAGAACUGUUUAUGAAACCAGCAGAUAAUUUUUUGCAUAAGUCAUUCUUUUUUUCAUAGGCUCGUGGGCAAAGGUAGCAGCACUUGGUGCUUGGACACUGUUCAAACAAGGUGUCAUCAAGCAGAGGGAAUUGGACUGGCGAUGGGGGUUUAUUUGUUUGCUUAGCACUGUCAUCCACAAAGAGAAAGCAGUUAUUUGCUCUCAAUUAUAUGCUUAAAAAUACUUAAAAAUAAUUGGUCACUGCCUUUUUGUUGUGUUUUAUUUCCUCAUGAGAUCCUAAGCGUAACCAGAUUUCAUGGCAAAAAGUUAACAGGACAGAACCAUCACUUCAGCUGCAACACAUUGCUCACAACACUGAGAAUGAGAGCCAGGAAGUAUUUCUCUGUUUGUCUGCAAAUAAUAAAUAAAAACUCAUCACCUUCUCAGGUAUCCUACAGAUAAACAUCCCACUCUCACAGUGGGAUCUAUUGGAUGAUGGGGAAGCAGAUCCCUGGAUGCCCAGUCCUGUUGUGAGGCAGGCACUGUAUUUUCCACUGACUCAGAUGCACAGGGGAUGCUGCGUACCUCAUAGUUACAUCCUUGUCUGGGUGUCUUUUAAUGAUAAAUUGGACACAGGUGGAUGCACUUCUUUGUCUUUUAGCUGAGAAAUAAUAAUGCCUACAAUGCCAACGAGUAGCGUCAUGUUGCAAUUGACACCAUGCGAUGGUGAUGCUUUUUUGUAAUGAAUUUAAGAUGGGCUGCAGCUUUUACAAUAUCUGAUGCUUGCUCUCUCAUACUCUAGUGUUAAAAUGGCACAAUAACCAUGGGAGACUGGAAUUUCCUUGGAGGCAUUCUGGAGGAGGUCCACAUUCACUCCACUAUUAUUGGCAAGAUUUGGCUAACCAUCCUCUUCGUGUUCCGAAUGCUUGUCCUUGGAGUGGCCACCGAGGACGUGUGGAAUGAUGAACAGUCAGAAUUUAUUUGCAAUACCGAGCAACCUGGCUGUAGGAACGUGUGCUAUGAUGAGGCCUUUCCCAUCUCUCUCAUAAGAUACUGGGUCUUGCAAGUUAUCUUUGUGUCUUCUCCUUCUUUGGUGUAUAUGGGUCAUGCCUUAUACAGACUAAGAGCCUUAGAGAAAGAGAGGCAGAAGAAGAAAGCUCAGGUGAGAGUGGAACUUGAAAGCACUGAAUUAGAAAUGACAGAAUAUCGGAAAAGGCUGGAGAGGGAGCUCAGGCAGCUGGACCAAAGAAAGCUGAACAAAGCACCCCUGCGAGGUUCCUUGCUCUGCACUUACGUGAUACACAUUUUCACUAGGUCUGCAGUGGAAGUUGGUUUCAUGAUUGGGCAGUAUCUGCUUUAUGGGUUUCGCCUGGAUCCCCUUUAUAAAUGUCAAAGAGAUCAUGUACCAAACGUAGUCGACUGCUUUGUAUCACGGCCAACAGAAAAGACAGUGUUCAUCCUAUUCAUGCAGUCAAUAGCGACCGUAUCAUUGCUUUUAAAUGUCUUAGAAAUUAUCCACCUCGGAUUCCGAAAAAUUAAAAUAGGUCUUUGUGGACAGGAGGAAAACAAGGAUUACCGUGGCAAUUUCUACACAAACAAAUCCAAGAAAUACUCUGUGAUACCCCGCUCUUCUCUGGGAAUAUCUGCAACUCCUCAAAAAACUCUCCCUUCUGUACUUAGUGGUUAUGCCUUUUUAAUGGAAAAGCAAACCGACACUGCCAUCUACCCGGUCUUAAAUUCCGCUCCCAUGUUCCAGUCUAUUCAAAAUAACCACACAGAAAAUAGAGGCAAUUACACCCACCACAACCAGGAAAACAAACUGCCAAAGAAAAAGCCAGCUACAAAUGCUUUAGCUGGUCAGACUCAGAAUGCUAGCACAAACUGCACUGAGGGCUUGCUGGCCAGGCCUGGGACUGAAAUGAGGAAUUCACAGAAAGAAGCUGAUCAGAAACACUUCCUUGCUGAUACUCAGAAUGCAGAUACCGCUUCAAGAAGCCUUGCUGAGAUGCUGUCACAGCCCCCUCUGCAGCCUUUUCCCGUUGCCAGCCUCAGAAGACAGCACGGAAUCAUCUCCUCCUGGAACAGCUCCGCAGCGGCCGAGAGCGUCGGAUCCUCCACAAAUUCCCUCACCAAGAGCAGCAGCAGGAGACGGAGCAGCCUCAGCGCGAGCCAAGGCCAACUGCCCCCCAAAGCCGACACCCGGCACCCCAGCCGCCCCGACACCCCCGACUCGGCAGGGGAGGCCAGCAUUGGCUCCAAGCAGAGCCGGGGCUGCGGCAGCCCCCAACCACUGCCCUUAUCUGGGCGUCCGUCGCUGUCGAGCAGUGCGAGCAGCCGGCGGGCCCCCACCGACCUGCAGAUAUAGCAUGGCUGCCCAAGCAGUGUGCUUGGCUAGCUGCUGGGCUUUGUGAUAGAAGCCAGAGCAGCUAUGAGCAGCUUUUUCGUUCAGCUUUAGCCUUCCGCAGAGGUUAAGAUAGAAGUUGUGCAGCCCUUUUGCUUUUAGCUAAAUAACUUCUGAACCAUCUGCUUGCUUUGCUGGCGAUGGAGGGAUGGCUUAAACCUCUGUGCCAAGCUUCUGCAUUAACCUUCCAGCUGCAAAGGAAAACGUACAUCAUAAAAAUCCACAUACAAAUCCACAGAUGAGGAGAAGUCAGGAUUAAAAUUAUAGUUGGCGAUAUGUAAGCCGGAUAAAAGUAGAAGAGAAAAUUCCAGUCUAUAAAUGUAUAUUAUGAAAACCAGUAAAUGAAAUUAGGUGUAAGAAGGCACUGGGACACCGGAGAGAAAAUAAUUAACAAUAAAUAACAUUCUUAGAACCAGGAAACCAGCACAGGAACCAGGAAACCAGCACAGUGCUUUCGCUUGCAGCCAUUUGACCGCAUCCACAUCAAGUGUUGGCCUAAUUAAAAUAAUUCUGUCAGUGUUUCUCCAGCAGCCGUUGUUUUUUCUCUCUGUAUUCACUUACAGCUCCGUGUAAUUAUGGGCACUGUGGGGUUGACACCACUGACACACACACCGGUGCCAUUUUGCUCAUUCUGCCAUUUAACCCCUGCACUCACUGCAGUGUCUGCGAGCCACAUUUUGCUAUUUGACACCUCAGUAGUAAAACACACGUUCACUGCACAGCCUAAAGAGCAGAGAGACUGCUCUAAGGGGCCCGUGCGUGGCACACAGUGCGUUCCCGCCUACUCGAGGUUAGAAAGGACCCCGAAUAGCAGCUGCGGGGCUCUGAGGUGGGCUCUUUUUAAUGGUCGUAUGAACCACACUGCCCACACCGACAC